AUGAGCGCUCCGGAGCCUUUAGUGCUUCAAGCGCUACAAGGCUACACGGAUCAGAGUGACAAGUGGCCCGGACCUCGAGCUGUCAAGAUAUUUGUAGCUUCGGUGUAUAAUGAUUUUCAAGAGGAGCGUCGACAAAUACUCGAACUCGUGGGUCCUGAAUUGCAAUCCACUUAUGAUGAUCGAUAUAUCGAGGUUGAGUUUGUGGACAUGCACUACGGGACAGAUGGCGGGGACGAAACGAACCCCGCUCUGCUUCGAUACCAUCUCGAGGAGAUAAAAUGCUGCAAUAACACAUCGAAAGCAGGAUAUUUUCUUUGCUUCAUCGGUGGUGACGCCUCUUCCUACCAACCGGUCCUACCUUCCAAGAUUAAUGCUAAUUUGUUUGAACAAUUAGUCAAAUCGACUUCCGCGCAGACUGCUCUCCUAAACGCUUGUUACAAACAUAAUGACGACGGAACUUACCAUCUUGACGGUGAUGAUCAAUGGUACAGCAACUUACUCGAGCGGACUGAGCAGCGAACGAAUUUAUCGACGGUCCAGAAGGCUUUUAAUAUGUUAGCGCUGGAAGCGCUGGAAGGUGGUGCGGAUGUUACCAAUUUACUUAAAAGUCCUGUCGAGAUACAAUGCGAACUGGCAAUAGAGUUAUUAACUAAUGGAAAGCACCCUAAAGGUUUAAUAGCCGUUUUAAAAGACAUUCCAGAUUUGGAGGCGGAUGACUCUAAAUUAACAGCAUUAGCACAUAAAAGAUUAAAAAGAAUUCAAAAAGAGCUUGAAGACCUUCUACCAGAAACACACGUUGUGAGGCUCGAAGCCAUGUCCGCUGAUUCAUCUCGAACAGAUGGUGCUUCAGAUAAUGAAGAGAAGUUGUCACCCUUCAGAGAAGGUGUGCAAGCUGUAGUAUGUUCGCUGAUCGACGACAGCCUCAGCACUGAGCCUGAUCAGGGCAAAGGAAGAAAAAAGACUGUACAGGAAGUUUUCCUGGAACACAUUACUCAUCUUAGGAUAUGUAUAGAACAUAAUCAACACUAUAAGGUUAAUGUUAAACAAAUCGAAGACGCAGCGAAAAGUAUAUUAAAUAAUGCCAAAGAAAACUACGAAAGUCGAUCUCGACAUCCACCGGUGUUGAUAUAUGGUCCCGAUGCUUCCGGAAAAAGUUCUUUGUUGACUCAUCUGUAUUUCAAGUUUGAGGAAAUUUUUCCGAAACCCGUCUUGAGGAUAAUACGAUUCUCAGCGUCUACGCCGCGUUCGGCCUACAAUCUAGAACUACUGAGAGUAAUGUGCCAACAAAUUUCCAUUAUCUUAAACAUUCCGGAAGGGUAUCUCCCCAAGGAUGCAAGUUUCGACCCGCUGUAUAUAAACAAUUGGUUUCAAAGUUUGUUAAGACGGUGCGAAGACAUGGAAAAUGAAAUCUUGCUCAUUUUUAUCGACAACGUUCAUAGAGUGAAUCCCUUAGAGUGUGAUAUUGUAACAGGAUUAUCCUGGCUUCCUAUGUCGUUACCGAGAAACGUGUUUUUAGUUUGCACAAGUGCGGUAUCUUUGGAAUUACUGCAACUAACCCCAGCUCAAAAAGAAAAGUUUAAAGAUCAGAAUUGUUAUUACUUGUUGGACGCGAUAGAAGAAACUCCUGACAAUAAUAGCUCCGGUGACUACAUUGAUGGUGCUUUUGACAAUUUAGAAGUCGUCUUCGGUUCUAAAGCCUUCAGUAAAUUGGCUGGUUACAUAACUUGUUCCGAGUUCGGUCUUACAGAGCUCGAACUGUUGGAACUUUUGAUGCCAACUAGCAACAGUGAAGCUGUUAUUUCUCUCAAGGACGCCAACUUCAACUUUUCCACUUUAUGUGUUGCUAAAUAUAUUAUGAAAUCAAUAAUAUCGGAGAACGUGGUGUCGGGUAGGAGUACAGUGAGGUGGCGAGCGGCGGCCGCAAGUACGCGCGCUCGUCGCAGGUACGUGCGCGUUCAAAGUGCACUGCGGGACGCGCACUCAGACCUUGCCGCCUUACAUUUCGCUCACUUCCUCAACGAUACUGAUGACACGGAUACAUCUGAAACUCAGGAACCCGGUUGUGUCGAUGACGAAGCGCUGCUAGAUUCUACUCCCUUCCAUUCCGGCAGCAGAACUGCAGCGGCCUUUACACAGAGACACGUAGAGGAAUCUUGGUUACAUCUUCUGCUUGCUGGUGACUUUUCCAAACUGAAGGACCUUACUGUCUGCAAUUUCGACUUCUUACUUGCUGCUGUACAAACAGUUACAAUAUCAUACCUACGCUGUAUUCUCGAGCACGUCCGCUGUUAUAUCCUGGAUCGAGACGUAGAGCUAGUUUACGGCGCUGUCAGGAAAUCAAGUGACAUUCUUACUAGAGAUCCUAUGCAAUUAGGUGCUCAGAUAAUAGCGUGGUUGCGACCAGCGGUGGCACGUCGGGGCGUGCUCGCAACACUUGUGACUGCCGCCAUGGCGUGGUGUGAUGGUUACGACAAGCCUUUGCUGGUACCACUUAAUGGAUGGCUACAUCCACCGAUAGCAUCAACAGUGCGAGUUGUAUCCGUGGGUGGUUCGACCCCUGGCGCUGGAGUGCGCCUGCUACAACUAGCGCCAUCGGGGCAACAUUUGGUACUUGCGCCCUCAGCCGGCGACCCUCAGCUUUGGCAUGUCAUGUCGAACUCAAAAGUUCAUACUUUUAAAGGUCACUCCGGGCGGAUAUUAUGCAUGUGUGUCACGCGCGAAUCUCAGUAUCUACUAACCGGCUCUGAGGAUACUAGCGUCGUUGUAUGGGAUCUACAUACUUUAGCUGUUAAAACUAAGAUAUUAGAACACAUAGCGCCAGUACUAUGUGUGGCAGCUAUUGUGAAUCGUUCCCUGGUCAUCAGCGGCGGAGAAGACUCAGCCGUCAUAGUUACGUCGUUAGUUGAUGGGACUUUGGUAACAAAACUCGAUCACCAUCGCGGGCCAGUAACAGCCGUAAAGGUAAUUCAAGAUGGCGAUAUCUUGGUCACAUGUUCACAAGAUGGCACCGUAUGCACGUGGAAUGUGGACAACUUCACUUUACUCAGCACUGUAUCUGCUGGUGUUCCGAUACACGCUAUGGAAGUUACCGAGGAUAAUGUGUUUCUGGUUACACUUCAAGGAGAGAAUGAACUACAUAUUAGGACAUUUAUAACUGGAACACAUUUACAUGUACUAAAGAGACAUAAAGCUAAGGUGAAAUGUUUCUGCGUUGGGCACGACUCGUCGAGGGCUGCAGUCGGUUGCGCUGAUCAGCGGAUAUACGUCUAUAGCUUACACAGUGCACAGUUACUUCGUACUCUGGCGGCUGCUCAUGAUUUGUCUGCUCUUGCUAUUGCUGACAAAGACCAUUUCCUACUGGCAGCUGGUGGCAACAGAGUUACAAUAUAUUCAUUCCAUACAGAAGAUAACUUAACAAACUUUAGACCAACAAAACAAUUAAAACGACGUCAAACAAAAUCAACUACAAAUAUAACCCUGCUUCAGGCGGAACAAAGUGAGCUGAUACCAAUCAGCUGUUUAGAAGUUUCUCGUGAUGGACAGCUAGCUGCAAGCGGUUGUGCUCGAGGAUUAGUAAGGGUUUGGCAACUGUCCACCCAUCGCCUACAGGCCACCCUCAGCGGGCACAUGGGACACAUAACAUGCGUCACCUUCAGUCCAAAUAACCUCUUAGUGCUAAGUGGCUCUGAGGAUAGGACAGUGGUUGUUUGGCAAUUAGCUGAUAAUUCUCCAUCUUUGACGUAUAAGGGUCACCAAUCCGCCCUGCAAGUGUUGUUAAUGAUGUCGGACGGUCGGCGCGCGUUGUCUGGUGACCGCACGCGUCGCGUUCACAUCUGGCUCGUCGACUCUGGCAUCGUAUUGCACUCCGCAACUUGCCCCAACGCCAGCAUCGAUGUCACCCUCAAUAUGAAGUUUGCGGUAUUAUCAGAUGGAGACAAUUGUGUCCGUAUUUGGGCUCUAGCGGAAGGGGACAGUGGAGAGGAAAAGCGCUCCGUUUCACACGCGGAACGUAUCACAUGCUUCGCGCUGACAGCUGACUCAAAACAUAUCGUCACAGGGUCUAUGGACAUGUCUCUUAAAGUUUGGCAACUUGAUGGCGGCAAACUGUCACAGGUUCUUGUAGGCCACUCAGACAUAGUAACAUGUGUGGCCGUAUCCAUAACGAACAAAACUCAAGUCGUUUCUGGAUCCUGGGAUUACAAUCUGAUCGUUUGGGAUAUUAAUACUGGAUCAGACGUGCACCUGCUAUCGGGUCAUGUAGGAAAAGUUACCUGUGUAAAGGUAACUGGUGAUGGCUCUAUUGCUGUCUCUGGUGCUGAAGACAAGACCCUUAUAAUUUGGGAAACGAAACGAGGCCUAGCGCUCACGUCGCUCUCUCUUCACGUUCCCCUGUUGGGUUUCCAGAUCACUAGCGAUUGUUCCCGCAUUGUUGUACAUCUGUUAGAUAGAGGUUGCUUGCCAAUCAUAUGCCUCCACAACACACCCGCAACUUACGUCAAAAUUCCCACCUACGCCGCGCCCACCAAAGACGUUGAUGAAUUACGACCAUUGGCACCUAAACGACCAAUGAGGAGACUUCUCAAGAAGGAAGUAUCUCUAGACACGUAUACCUGGCAAAAGAAAUACGGACAUCUGACAUCUGCAGCUAUGAUGGCACAAGUUGAUGAACGUUUGAAGAGGCGAUUUUCUGUAUCUGCCUCGAUGGAAGAGAUAUCAAAGAUUCAAGAGGCGAAAAAUAAGGAUUUGGGUUCUCAGGUGAGUCUGGGCCCUGAACAGGCAGCGAUUGCACAAUCACAACACUUUGAUCAAUUAGAAGCCCUAUGGAAUAAAAUAUCACCUCCGAGGCGACGAUCGAACAAGUCUCUAUCCAAACAAAGUUCUCUGAUUGAGAGAGUCGACUCCUCUGAUGAAGAUCACACUCCAGUGGAAGAACAGGAACAUAUGGUGGAGUAA